AUGAGUUGCAACAUUAAGGAGACUAUUACUGUGUCUAGCAAAGGCAGGAGCAGUGGUGGCAGUUGUAUCAUUGGUGGUGGUGGUGGAGCACGGAUUUCUUCCUAUGGGAUAGGCAGUGUCAGAGGUUUCUCUGGAAGGAGCUACUGCGGUGGAGUGAAUUAUGGAGGGGGACUGAGCGUUGGUAGCUUGGCUGGUGGGAGCUAUGGAGGUGGCAACUGCUAUGGCAAUGGCCUGGGGUUUGGCCUCGGAGGAGGGGUGGUUGUUGGGGGUCUCGGUGGCGACUGUUUGCUGUCGUCCUGCGAUGAGAAGGUCACCAUGCAAAACCUCAAUGACCGCCUGGCCUCCUACCUGGACAAGGUGAAGUGCUUGGAGAAGGAGAACGCCGAGCUGGAGUGCAGGAUCAGAGAGUGGUACGCGACACAGGGCCUGUCCUGCGAGCCCCGGGACUACAGCUGCUACUACAAAGAGAUCGAGGACCUUCAGAACCAGAUUGUCUGUGCAACCAUUGAUAACAACAAGAUCAUCCUGGACAUCGAUAACAGCAGGAUGGCUGCUGAUGACUUCCGUGUGAAGUAUGAGACGGAGCUGGCCCUGCGCCAGAGCGUGGAGGCCGAUAUCAACGGGCUGCGCCAGGUCCUGGACCAGCUGACGCUCUGCAGGUCCGACCUGGAGGCACAGCUGGAGUCGCUGCGGGAGGAGCUCUGCUGCCUGAAGAAGAACCACGAGGAGGAAAUGUGCUGUCUGAGGAAGCAAUCGACUGGAGAUGUGAGCGUGGAGGUCAAUGCCUGCCCCGGCCCAGACCUCAGGAAGAUCCUGGAGGAGAUGAGGUGCCAGUAUGAGACACUGAUUGAACGCAACCGCAAAGAAGUUGAGGAUUGGUAUGAGUGCAAGAUUGAGGAGGUGAAUCGAGAGGUUAUUACAAGCGGUCAGGAGGUGGAGACGUGCAACAACCAGGUGACCGAACUGAGACGCCAAUUGCAAGCCCUGGAAAUCGAUCUCCAAGCUCAGCUCAGCCAGAGAAAUAAUUUGGAAUCCUCUCUGGCUGAGACUGAGUGCCAGUACAACACCCUCCUCGGUGAGCUACAGAACCAGAUCACGUGCGUGGAGCAGCAGUUGGCUGAAAUAAGGGCGGAAAUAGAGUGUCAGAACCAAGAGUACAAGACCUUACUGGACGUCAAGAGCCGCCUGGAGCAGGAGAUCCAGACCUACCGGUGCUUGUUGGAAGGAGGACAGCAGGACCUCAUUCACGGAGGAAUCGGAACUGGCGGAGGGGUCAUUAGGACAAGCCACACCUACACAACAACUACAGCUGCCCACUGCCAGCCCCAGGUCCCACCCUGCAAGACUGGAGACAUACAAGUGACCUGCAGGAGAAUUUGUGAUUAAGGAGGAACGGACUGGAAGGUGACAGGGAAACCCAGAGAC